UGCUGAAGGGCCCCACCAAUUCCCUGUGUGAAUGGGACCCACUCCCUGGCACCGUGCGAAGCGUGUGAGCCGCACGUCCCAAGAUAAGUGCCCAAAACGCGUGCCAACUUCUACACGCUUCCCUCGUGCGAAACCCUCCGCCCCCGCCCCUAUUUUCUCUCUCCUCCGCCGCUUCGCCGCCGGGAUUUCCCCCCUCCACUGUCAGUAGUCGUUGGAACUGGAUAACUUCUCUGGUUCCGUGAGUUCCGGCGAGUUUGCUGCUUUUUCUUUUUUUUUUUUUUUUUUACCUUCGGUGAGUUUGAUUCGUCGGAGCAGUUUGUUAGCUGGUUUCGGGGAUGAUGUUUGGAUCUGCACGGGAGUAUUGUGGAAUCUUUGAAUGGGAGUGGAGAGCGACAACGGAGUGAUGGCGGCGGAGAUGCAGAGAUUUGGCACAAGUGAAGAAGAUGAUGAUGAAAUGGGGAUGGAUGUGAAGGAGGAAGAUGAUGAUGAUGAUGACGAUGAAGAGAAGAAUAUGGCAACCCCUGCAGUAGUUGGUGUGGAUGUGGGCAUUCUGUCAACAAGUGGUAGUAAUAGGUAUAUGCAUCACCAACAAUAUCGAGAUCAGCCAACUCCGCAAGGAGGAGGGGCUCGAAGGUGUAGGCCACAGGAAGAGAAAGAGAGAACUAAGCUACGGGAGCGACAGCGCAGAGCAAUCACAGCAAAGAUUUUGGCUGGGCUUCGCAGGCAUGGUAACUACAAUCUUAGAGUUAGAGCUGACAUUAAUGAUGUCAUUGCUGCUUUGGCAAGGGAAGCAGGUUGGGUUGUUCUUCCAGAUGGAACCACGUUUCCUUCCAGAACACAGGGGUCGCGACCAACUGGUGGUGCAUCAAACACUGCCAUGACAUCAGCUUCUUCCCAAAUGCCAGCACAACAUACUUCUCCUACCUCCUUGGGAGGCAUCUCUCCAGGCUAUAAGAGUGCAGUUGAUUACAGCGCAUCUCACAUGAAAGGUGUUUUUGUCUCCACCUCAUCUCCUUAUGAUUCAUCCUCUGGCGCCAGGUCUCAGAGUCCAGCGAUGAUUGGAGAUGGAGGUGACCUGCAGAAUGAUCCUCUUCUGGGGGGCUCCAUUGGUUCAGUCGACAACAGGCAGGUUGUUGACAUGCCCACAAAAUUACAGGACAGGGAUUUUGCUGGCACACCUUAUGUUCCAGUUUACAUUAUGCUGCCAUUGGGUGUUGUCAAUAUGAAGUCGGAGCUUGUUGAUCCAGAUGGUCUAGUGAAGCAAUUGAAAAUCUUGAAAUCACUUAAAGUUGAUGGUGUUAUGGUUGAUUGCUGGUGGGGUGUGGUGGAAGCACAUGCACCCCAGGAAUAUAACUGGAAUGGCUACAGGAGGUUAUUUCAAAUAGUAAGGGAGCUGAAAAUGAAGCUACAGGUUGUAAUGUCCUUUCAUGAAUGUGGUGGUAAUGUCGGGGAUGAUGUUUGUAUUCCCCUACCUCACUGGGUGGCUGAAAUUGGUAGAAGCAAUCCAGACAUAUUUUUCACAGAUAGAGCUGGAAGGCGCAACCCAGAAUGCCUGUCUUGGGGAGUUGACAAGGAAAGAGUUUUGAGGGGCAGGACCGGUGUAGAGGUCUACUUUGAUUACAUGAGAAGCUUUCGGGUUGAAUUUGAUGAGUUUUUUGAGGAUGGUCUCAUAUCUAUGAUUGUAGUUGGACUUGGUCCACGUGGAGAGCUGAGAUACCCUUGUAACCCUGUGAAGCAUGGUUGGAGAUACCCUGGUAUUGGUGAGUUUCAGUGCUAUGAUCGAUAUAUGUUGAAAAGCCUGCAGAAGGCAGCCUGAGAAUGCUGGUUCCUACAAUUCACGGCCGCAUGAGACUGGAUUUUUCUGUGAUGGGGGCGAUUAUGAUGGUUAUUAUGGCAGGUUUUUCCUCAAGUGGUAUUCUCAGGGUUUAGUUGACCAUGGUGAUCGUGUGCUUUCUCUGGCCAAGUUAGCUUUUGAAGGAACUUUCGUUGCUGCAAAGCUAUCAGGCAUCCAUUGGUGGUACAAGACAGCUAGUCAUGCUGCCGAAUUAACUGCUGGAUAUUAUAACUCCUGCAAUCGUGAUGGAUAUGCUGCUAUUAUGGCAAUGCUAAAGAGGCAUGGGGCUGCCAUAUGCUUUACAUGUUCCCAUAUGAGCAUGGUAGAUCAUCAUAUGGACUUCUCCGAGUCUCUAGCCGAUCCUGAGGGAUUAACUUGGCAAGUUCUGAAUGCUGCUUGGGAUGCUUCUAUACCAGUUGCCAGUGAAAAUUCUUUUCCAUGCCAUGACAGAGAAGGGUACAAUUAUUUAUUGGAAAAGGCAAAGCCCAUCGGUGAUCCAGAUGGGAGGCAUUUUUCUGCUUUUACCUACCUGAGGCUCAACCCACUUCUCAUGGAAAGACAAAACCUCGUUGAAUUUGAACAGUUUGUCAAGAGAAUGCACGGGGAAGCUGUUCUCGAGUAUCAGACAUAGCUCCCAAGUUCCAGCGAAAGAACACUAACAUAGCUUUCUAAAUACACUACUUAGGUACACAUCUGUAAAGAAAAUGAAGCCAAGCAAUAGUCGGACGACUGAUCCUCUCCGCAGUCUGCUAAGGUAGACUAACAAAUUCAGGUGAUGAAUUCUGCAGCAAUGGUUGAUUUGAAAUCAGCCUGUGAAAAAUUGUUCUAAAUGUAAUUGUGUGUGUGUGUGUAUCAACAAAGAAUGGUUUAAAAUGUGCAGAUUAGCUGAGCAUGAAAAAUGAGUGAUAUUUCUCCUAAGCCAAAAUUUCCCUUUUGUAAUACUAAGUUAUGCAGGAAGGAGAAAAUGUUUGUACUCACUUCCUGGGCAAAUGCCCAGUUUAUUUGACAGUAAUCUUCUUACUUGUUCUUCUUGCUCUGAACAAAGUGUUGUAAUACUAGUGCUAAAAAUAGAUGUAUUUGUUGAAAA